AUGUUUUAUCGCCGGGUCACCGCUAUCUUCACUUCGAGUUUGAUAGCGAAACACAUUCAAUGGGCCAUCAAAAGCUCCCCGUACUCAUCCACUGUCAACAAACUAUACAAUCCCUAUAUACAUCCCAUUACUAAAACCAUAUUUGUCGACCGCACAGGGAAAAGGUUCUGGCUUGCGGAGCCAUUGAGAUUCACCGAACCCUUAGGCAAGAAGAUUCUCAUUCUGGACGUCGACAGCCGCCAUCUUGAUGGCCCGAAGGGUAUUUUGAGCAAGGCUCCAUUGAACGCGACCGAACUUCCCCCAGAUACCAGUGGAAGACUCAAUCACUUCAUGUUUGGUGAGUAG